AUGGCGAGGGCAAUUGACGUGACGAACAUUGUGGACCUCGACGACGAAGAAGACGGCGGCGAAGGCUACUGCGUACCCAUAUUCGACCAUGGCGGUACCGAGAAAAGUCCAAUCUCCGUUGAGGACUACAGUGAAGACAGGGAGCUCAAUCUCGCGCUGCUGGCUUCUCUCCAAACGGCGGCCGUCGGCCGCAGAAUCAAGAGCGAUUUCAUCGACCUCUCGCGAGAUGAUUAUGGUUAUGUUAGCAUCGAUGAUGACAUCAUUCUGCUCGAUUUCGCGCCUAAAAGCUACCAUGAUUCUGCUUCUUCUUCCACCCCGUCGCCUGGAUCAUCGAGACGAAAGCCAUUCCGUGAUUCUUCCACUGAAAAGGGUCAGUCCUCGAAUUCAAACCCUGAACCCGAAACGGUAAUUCUCUGUGAAAUCUGUGCGGAACCCAGAACACCGAAUAGUUCUUUCCAGAUUAAAGGCUGCUCUCAUGUUUACUGCAAGGAUUGCAUGGCCAAAUACGUUGCUUCGAAACUGCAGGACAACAUAUCGAAAGUUGGGUGCCCUGUUUCGGGCUGCGAAGGUGUGCUGGAGCCCGAAUAUUGUCGCUCCAUUCUUCCUCCGGAUGUGUUUGAAAGGUGGGGGAAUGCUCUGUGUGAGGCCGUGAUUCUUGGGGCUCAGAAGUUUUACUGCCCUUUCAAGGAUUGCUCUGCGAUGCUGCUUGAUGAUAGUGGUGGAGGGGGGUUGAUUACUCAGGCUGAGUGCCCCAAUUGCUACAGGCUGUUCUGUGCCCGGUGCAAAGUUCCUUGGCAUUGUGACAUCGACUGUGUGAAGUUCCAGAAGUUGCACAAGAAUGAGAGGGAGAGGGAAGAUAUUAUGUUGAUGAAUCUAGCGGAUAAGCAGCUGUGGAAGAGGUGUCCCAACUGUAAAAUCUACGUCGAGAGAACCGCGGGCUGCAGAUACAUAAAAUGCAGGUGUGGGAUUUCUUUCUGUUAUGGCUGCGCAGGUACGCAGAUAAAUUCAGGUACCCAUGUUUGUCCCAGAUGCGGAUGA